AUCUUUUGCAGUUUUACACCUGGGGACUCGUAGCGCUUCUUACUCUGUUGAUACUUUGGGUAUUCGUUUCAUCGACCGAGCUGAACAUGAAUAAGGAGGAAGAAGGAGACAAAAAGGAGCCCAGCAAAGGCCAAGGAGAGGAGAAGGAAGGAAACGAAGAAGGCCUUGAUUGGCUUCUUCCUAAAGAAGACUCAGAGAUUUCCCCUGUGCCUAUGGACAGCAACAUCUCUCUGUCAAGGCCUGCUGAUGUUGACAACACGUACGGCUCCAUGUUCACGAGGGACAAGGUGUUUAAAGCAGCCUCUCAGGGGGACAGAACACAGCUGAAUGGCCUGCUUGAAUACCUGCAAGUUAACGAUAAGAGACUCACAAGCCCAGACUUUACAGAUGAAACUAAUGGAAAAACGGCACUUUUAAAAGCUUUGUUGAACCUGAAAGAUGGAAAAAACGACACAGUUGAAUUCCUCCUUGACGCUGCAGAGAAAACAAAAGAUUUAGAAAAUCUGAUCAAUGCGUCUUAUACAGACCCCUGCUAUAAAGGUCAGACAGCCUUGCAUGUUGCCAUAGAAAGAAGGAGCUUUGAUCACGUCAAGCUGUUGGUCCAGAAAGGAGCAGAUGUGCAAGCAAAGGCCAACGGCACAUUUUUCCAGCAUAAAUCAAGACUGGGCUUUUAUUUUGGGGAGCUUCCUCUGUCACUGGCUGCCUGCACAAACCAGCCAGAAAUCGUGUCGUUCCUCAUGGACAACCCCUACAGACGAGCUGACGCCACAGACAAGGACUCGCUGGGAAACACGGUGCUGCACACUUUGGUGGUCAUAGCUGAUAACACAACAGAAAACACAGAAAUAGCUGCAAGGAUGUACGAUGAGAUUCUUCUUCAGUACCACAAGCUGGAGAAAAACCACCAAACUCUGCUGGAAUCGGUUGAAAACAAUGAAGGUCUGACCCCACUGAAAUUAGCUGCCAAGCUCGGCAGGAUCGGGCUCUUCAGGCACGUGCUGAAUCGAGAAUUUGUGGACGAAGAGACGAGGCCGCUGUCGAGGAAGUUCACAGAAUGGGUUUACGGGCCCGUUCACUCCUCCCUGUAUGACAUGAGCUCCAUUGACACCAACGAAAACAACUCUGUGUUGGAGAUUAUCAUCUUUGGGAGUGAAAUACCCAAUCGUCCCGAGAUGCUCCAGAUUGAACCUCUGCGCAGCCUUCUCCAUGAUAAAUGGGAGAGGUUUGCUUACAAACUAUUCCUGAUGAAUUUUGGGCUUUAUUUGACGUACCUGACCAUCUUCACCACUGUGGCUUUCUACAGGAAGCACGGACAGCCUCCGUUUCCUGUAGAAAACAGUCCAACCGACCACCUCCGCUGUGCCGGUGAGAUCAUCAGCGUCCUCGGAGCAGUCCGGUUUCUAUAUAAGACGAUUAUAAUCUUCAAGAAAAAUCCUCCAAACACAAGAGCUCUGUUCACUGACGGAUUCAGUGAAAUUCUGUUUUUUCUGCAGGCAGCCCUCCUCCUGAUCUCUGUCUUUCUGUACUUCUGUGGGCUGAAGGAAUAUGUUGGGCUCCUGGUGCUGUCCCUAGCUCUUGCUUGGAUGAAUGUUUUGUAUUACACAAGAGGAUCCAGGCAGCUGGGGAUUUACAACGUCAUGAUGCAAAGGAUGAUCCUGGGAGAUUUGUUGCACUUUCUUUGUGUCUACGUCGUCUUGCUUUUUGGCUUUUCCGCUGCUGUUGUCACUCUAAUCGAUGACUCACCUGUGGAGAUGAAAAACGACUCUCUGGCACGACGAAGGAGCUUUGACGCUGAAACAUUCAAGUGCAGGAAGCCAAGUUAUAACGACAUCCGUUUUACAACGCUGGAGUUGUUCAAGUUCACCAUCGGGAUGGGAGAUCUGGAGUUCACUGACCACGUUCAGUACAAAGAAGUCUUCUGCAUCCUGCUCAUCUCGUACAUUGCGCUCACCUACAUCCUGAUGCUCAAUAUGCUCAUAGCCCUGAUGGGAAACACGGUCGAAAAAAUCUCAGGACAAAGUGAGACCAUCUGGAACCUGCAGAGAGCCUUCACAAUUCUGGACCUGGAGAGGUCUCUUCCGAGCUGGCUGAGGCGUAAGCUGCAGUCCAGAGUGUCGGAGGUCAUGUGCUUCGGAAGUGAGCGAGAUAAGUGUCGAAGAUUUGUCAGGGUGACUGAAAUUAAUUGGAAAAAAUGGAAAUCAGAUCUUGGUGUAAAACUGAAGGAAGACCCUGCAAAUCAUCUAAUGGAAGAACAGAAUGACAAUGGAUCUUCAGGGACUGUGUGGAACAUAAAUCAGUUUCUGGAGAGGAUUCGGUCCAGACGACGCCAACAGCAGCACAGCCAUGUUCUCUAG